AGCUAGAGAGCCGGUCUUCAUUGUAUCGAGGACAGAGAGCAAGGCUGUUGGGAGUUUAAUCUCUGAAAACGGGCGUAAUAAAACACAGUUGAAGUAGCAGCCUCCUCCCUAAACACAACCAGCCCCCUUCCAUAUAUGGGAGAAAGAGAACAACUGAGGACGCCAUGUAAAAGCAUGGCGGCUAUUCGCAAGAAAUUGGUGAUUGUUGGUGAUGGAGCUUGCGGAAAAACCUGCCUGCUUAUUGUAUUCAGUAAGGACCAGUUUCCGGAAGUGUACGUUCCCACAGUUUUUGAAAACUAUGUGGCGGAUAUUGAGGUGGAUAGUAAGCAGGUUGAACUGGCACUUUGGGACACAGCUGGUCAAGAGGACUAUGAUCGACUGAGACCUCUUUCUUAUCCGGAUACAGACGUCAUCCUUAUGUGCUUUUCCAUUGACAGCCCAGACAGUUUAGAAAACAUCCCAGAGAAAUGGACCCCUGAGGUGAAGCAUUUCUGUCCAAAUGUUCCUAUCAUUCUCGUGGGAAACAAGAAAGACUUGCGAAAUGAUGAGCACACACGCCGUGAGCUGGCCAAAAUGAAACAGGAACCUGUAAAACCUGAAGAAGGACGAGAUAUGGCCAACCGGAUUGGUGCUUUUGGCUACAUGGAAUGCUCAGCAAAAACAAAGGACGGCGUCCGGGAAGUAUUUGAGAUGGCCACAAGAGCGGCACUGCAGGCCAGACGGGGCAAGAAACCGUCCAAAUGCCUUCUUUUAUAAAUGAGGAAACCAAUCAAGAAAUGUCUGCGUUCCAGCGCUGGACACGGGAAAGCCCAGGUUCCCUUCCCCAGCACUCCAUCUCCAUGCCAAUUGACUUGACUUCAUAUUGAAUUGGUGUUUGUUAACCCUAGAAUAACUGUGUCUUGAGUGUUCUGCCCUUUUGUUUGUAUUUGUUUUGUUUUUUGUCUAUGUAUUAUUGCAAGGGGGCAGAUUAUUUCCCAGUAUUUAAAACUUUAAUUCCUACAAUUUUUUUUUUCAGUUUUGAUGGAGUAAUCUGUGCCAGCCUGAGAUGAUGCACAUGUUCCUUUUAGCUUUUCAUUCAGCUUUUUCAUGAACUUUGGUGGAAGGCCAUGGGUCCAUCUGAAAUGUGAUAGCAGUGAAUAAACAAGUAUCUGCUUUCAUAGCCUCACAGAUGGCUUAGAGAAUCCCUGGGCCUAAUACUAGUUUAUACUACCACUGUGUUUUCUUCUUUCUUUCCCUCCUUUUUUAUGUAGUGCAUCCUUGUAACACUGUUUUUGUAAAAUUGAAUUUCCUAAUUGCUAGACGUGUAGCCUUUACAUAAUUUAAAAAAACAAUGAGGGUGGGGGUGUAUUUCAGAACAGAUGUGAAAAGGGUUUAAACACAAACUGGGGAGCAUUUUGAUUUGUAUAAAGGCUUAGUAUCUUUCUGUAAUAAGUAACUGUUAAUAUAAUCAAUGUAUCCACUUUUAACACGCAAUAAACGCGUAAAGUGUGAUUUCUUUAAAAAAAAAAAAAAAGGUUUUUUUUUGUUUUUGUUUGUUUUUUAACUCUUGAAAUUAAGUUGUAACCCAAAGUCCCAACACAUUCACUUGGGCUUUCUUCAUUUCCCUGAUGUGUUCCAAUGAUCUGAAUGCAGAGCCUGAUUUCAUCCAGCCCAGUGGCAGUACCUCAAACGCCCAGUGGGAGGCAGUAUACACAACUGUUUCACAAGUCAAAGAUCUCACUGAUGACAAUACAGCCAGAGAAUAUCUUUUGUGCCAUGAAUCAUGUACGUUUUUGAAUCUUGCUUUGUAAUGUAUUCUCUAAAUGGCUACAGUGAAGCUGCGAAAAUCCUUAAAUGUAUUGUUUCAACACUUGGAGCUUGUUUGAGAACUUGUUCUGUUCUUUAACCUUAAGUGAUCGUAUUUUACAAUAAAAUUCUGUAACGCUUUUCAAAGACA